AUGCCCUUUGCAUCAGCCGCCCUGCUGGGCCGAGACCUGUAUUUGGUGGGCGGGGCCAUGUUCAGCAGCGUGGUCGCGCGCUACGAGGGCGCCGGCGGCGCGUGGGCGGUGUGCCCCGCGCUUGGCACGCCGCGCGUGCACGCGGCGGUGGCAGCGGCGGCGGGGCGGCUGUACGUGUGUGGUGGGCGCUCGCAGGUCAACCAGGUGCUGGCCACCGUCGAGUCUUACGCGCCGGGCGCGGGCCGCUGGGAGGCGGCGGCGGCGCCCAUGGGCGACGCGCGGUACGCCUGCGCGGCGGCGUCGCUGGGCGGCGUGGUGUACGUCGUGGGCGGCCAGUCAAGCCGCAGUGCGAUCUUCAGCACCUUGGAGGCCUUCGACCCGGACAGCGGCCGCUGGCUGCCCGUCUCCGCCCGCAUGGGGUCGGAGCGCAAGUACUGCGGCGCGGCGCCGCUGGGGGGCCGCCUAUAUGUGUGCGGCGGCCUGCGCAACGCGGGGCGGCAGCGGCUGGCGACUGUUGAGGCGCUCGACCCGCGGGAGGGGGUGUUCCGGGAGGUCGCGCCGAUGGCCGCCGCCCGCAGCAGCUGCGGCGCCGCGGCGCUGGGCGACCGCCUGUACGUGGCGGGCGGCAGCGCCGACGGCAGCGGCUUCCACGAGACCCUCGAAAUCUUCGAGCCGGCCAUGGGCCGCUGGCGGCCGGGGCCGGCCCUCAGCUGCGCGCGCAGCGGCCUCGCGUUGGCUGCAAUAUGA